UGCACAUAAUCUGGAUCGGGCAUAGCAAGUAACAGUUGGCAGCUGACUGGGUUGUCUGGAUGCUAUUUUCCGAUCAGAUUUUGUUCAACUAUAACACUACAACAGACUCUGUGUUCUUCGACCGUUAGUUUGCGACAUCAUUCUGACCUAACUACUGUCCCAUCGUCCUUCUGCGGUGGUCUACGUUUGAAUUAUUCCAGUGUAGUGGUGUCCUAUUCCACUGUUAUAAUACACAACUGGCGUAUUGCCUUGCCGGCAGUUACGCUCCCGUCAGCAGGACAACUCAUUGGAAGCGAAUGAUGCCCGUUAGCUGAACUCCCCAGGUAGCCGUACCAGUGUGCCGUUGGUGGCGUCGCAGCAAUGGCUACCGGCUCCGGCCCCCCUCUGCCGCCCAAACCCUCGACCCGUCUUCCCGGUGCGCCACUCCUCAGUCAAUCAUCAAGUAUUUCCAUAGCAUCAACUGCAUCCUCUGGAUCACGCGGUCUCCCAGCACCAUCGGAUGAGUAUGAAACUGUGAGCGUUGGCACAUCACAUUCCGGCGGCGGCGGAACACCGCGUAGCUUCGGCAUGGAGUCCAGCGGCCAGCAGGGACCAUCGCCCGGAACGCUCACGUGCCAGGUGUCUGUGCCAGAGAAUGUACCGGCGUCUCUUGAAGAAGCUGAGUGGUAUUGGGGAGCCAUCUCAAAGGAAGAAGUCCGGGAAAAGAUGACCGACUUACAAGAUGGCUCCUUUUUGGUUCGUGAUUCGUCUCAGAAGCCCGGUGAAUACACCUUGACUGUCAAGAAGGGUGGAAUGAACCGAUUAGUUCGCAUAUACAACGAGAAUGAGUGCUAUGGGUUCAGUCCACCUUGCGAGUUCAAUUCCGUUGUGUCGCUCAUCAUGUACUUUAUGAGUCACUCGCUGGAAGAAUAUAACAGCAAGCUGGCUGUGAGGCUGUUAUACCCGAUUGAACGAUCAGAGGAUGGGCGCAACAUGGGCAGUUUGGAGGAAACGGUGACGCAACUCAAGACAGUCAGUGUGUCGCUGAAGGAUUGUGAUAAGGAAUAUUCGGUGAUUGCCGUGCGCCUCAACGACAUCCAGUCGAAACAGCAAUGUCUACGCAAUGACGUGAAGUGUCAGAAGGCUGUGGUCGAGGUGAUUGAGCGGCAGCAGCGAUUUCUGGACGCCACAAUGAAACAAAGCGUAUCCGGCACCAGUGACACGGCAACGAGUUUGAAAUCGAACCGAGAGGAGCUGAACCUAUUGCUGAGCUCGUCAAAGAAAACCCUGAGUGACAUGAUCAAGAAGCUGAGUGGGAUCAGUGAGCAGGAGCGAGAGGCAGUUGCGCACGUGACGCAGCUCAGACUCACGAGAACCGAGAUUGACAAGGAGCGCACGAAUCUUGUCAGCUCUCUGCUGUACAAUCACAAGGUCGACCCGAGUAGCCAUUUGAUCCUGCUCCAGGGAGCGGCAGCGACUCCCAUGAAUCCGACUGCACAGUUGGUUUCAUCUGCACGUAUGGAUGGCGGAGCAGCGCCACCACCGGUGCCACACCGUGGAAGCGUACUGAACGGGGCCGUCAUGAGUCCUGUAUCAGCAGGUCAUCCAAUGAGCCCCAUGGCUCAUCCGACCACGUCUAGUCCAACCAAGAUGGCAACCCUGCCUGGACGGCACUCGCCGACAAUGGCUGGCUCGCCGAGGACCCACUCUCAGUUUAGCCGUGGACUCAGUGUGGAUCAGAGUGGACGCUCCAUGCCUGUCCCUAUCAGUCAUGUAACUCGGCAAGCACGCUCGCCGUCACUGCCCUCUGUUGCACCGAUUCCAUCGCCACAUUCUCGGCCGGAAGCGCUACAACGUCGGGGAACGGUGGCUACCCUCAUGAUGUCACCUGAGAUGGUAGCUGAGAUGACUGGCACACCCACCGACACUGUGUUUAACUCCAACGUCGACAUCACUCCGUUCGUGGACCGAAGCAACUGGUUCAGAGCUCAGUUCGGACGUGACGAGGCUGCAGCACGUCUCAAGGAUUUCCCGGACGGCACUUUCUUGGUCCGAGGCAAGCCUGGUAUUAGUGUUGAUACAUACCAAGGCGGAGGCCAGGAAAAUGCCCACUGUUGUACCAUUGACCUUGUAUACGACAAGAAGAUUCGACACAUCAAGGUGCUGAUGGCACCGAAUGGUCGCGUCGGUUUUGACGACGACCCAGAGGUGCACGGUUCUCUGAACGAACUGAUAGUGUAUUACGCACGCGUCUCUCUGCUACAACACAACCCCACGCUGGAUACGACACUGCUCCAUCCAGCAUUCGCUCCCAAAACCUAGGUCGUUGUUUAGUCGCCUGCUCCAGCGCUGUAAACACUUACAUGCAGCUUUCGAGCAGUUAUUUGAAAUGUCAUUAUCUUUGUUGAAUUGAGUUGAUCUUCCUAACAUUAAUUUUCUAUUUCUUUUAAGGGAAAAAAACCUGUUGAGCACAUGUCCAAUUUUACACAGGGUUGCUGUCACUGAUAUCGUAGCGCAUUUCAAAUCAGCAGCUGCCAGCAGCAAGCACCAAACGCAGACAAUGACAUGACACUCGUGCACAUACCUAUUUGACCAGACUUGUUAUUCUUAUAGCUGCUGCUGCUCCUGCCACACACACACACACACUGGUCACGAGGAGGAUUCUGUUUGUUUCCGUUUAGCCUAGACAAAGUCAGUCAAUGAAGUUCAACUAACUUGCUCACCUCAUAUUCAAACACAGCUGAUAUGAAUACACAUUGCUACAAAGUUGGAACAGACCCACCUUCUUGCCAAAAUUACUGGUACCGGUAUUCUUGUUAGUGUCUUCAAAUGUUGUCAAUUUCGUUAUUUUUUGUUUAUUCAGUGUUUCAAGUCAUAUCAGUCAAUGUCACUGGCCUCAUUCA